GUGGUGACGUCACCGGUCCAGUUAUUAUGAGGCUGAUGAGAGUGAGUGAGAUCAGACGCACAGCAGGAUCUGAGAGAGACACUGGUUCUGGAUCUGUGAGGGUGAUGAUGAUGGAGAUGCAGUAUAAUAAUAAUAAUAAUGGUUAUGGUGUGGAAGAGUAUAUGUUACCGGAGGAAGAGUGGGACAGAGAUCUGCUGCUGGACCCUGCGUGGGAAAAACAGCAGAGGAAGACGUUCACCGCCUGGUGCAACUCUCAUCUGCGUAAGGCAGGGACUCAGAUUGAGAACAUUGAAGAAGAUUUCAGGAAUGGAUUGAAACUGAUGCUGUUAUUGGAGGUUAUUUCUGGUGAAAGACUUUCCAAACCAGACCGAGGAAAGAUGCGCUUUCACAAAAUAGCCAAUGUGAACAAAGCUCUGGAAUACAUCACCAGCAAAGGUGUCAAACUGGUGUCUAUCGGUGCUGAGGAGAUUGUUGAUGGGAAUGUCAAGAUGACUUUGGGAAUGAUCUGGACCAUCAUCCUCCGCUUUGCCAUUCAGGACAUCUCUGUGGAGGAAACCUCGGCUAAGGAAGGUCUCCUGCUGUGGUGUCAGAGGAAAACUGCUCCCUAUAGGAAUGUCAAUGUACAAAAUUUCCAUUGUAGUUGGAAGGACGGUCUUGCGUUCUGCGCUCUCAUACACAGACACAGACCCGACCUGAUCGACUUUACCAAACUCAACAAGGAUGAUGCUCUUGGAAAUCUGAAUCUGGCUUUGGAAAUCGCAGAAAAACACUUGGACAUCCCAAAAAUGUUGGACCCAGAAGACAUCAUCAACACACCGAAACCCGACGAGCGAGCCAUCAUGACCUAUGUGUCGUGUUUCUAUCAUGCUUUUGCUGGAGCAGAACAGGCAGAAACAGCAGCAAACCGGAUCUGUAAAGUGCUUGGUGUCAAUCAGGAGAAUGAGAAACUAAUGGAGGAGUAUGAACGACUGGCCAGUGAGUUGUUGGCAUGGAUUCGUCAGACGACGCCCUGGCUUGAGAACAGAUCUCCAGAGAGCACCAUGGCCGUCAUGAGACAAAAGCUGGAGGAUUUUAGAGAUUACCGCCGAAUGCACAAACCGCCCAAAGUUCAGGAGAAAUGUCAGCUGGAGAUCAACUUCAAUACACUGCAGACCAAACUCCGCAUCAGCAACAGACCGGCGUUCAUGCCCUCAGAAGGAAAGAUGGUGUCUGACAUCACAGCGGCGUGGCAGACUCUGAAUCAUGCUGAGAAAGGUUAUGAAGAAUGGUUGCUCAGUGAGAUCAGACGUCUGGAACGUGUGGAACAUUUGGCAGAGAAGUUUCAGCAGAAAGUCGCCACUCAUGAGAGCUGGGCUAAGGGAAAAGAUGCGCUGCUACUUCUGAAGGAUUACGAGAAAGCAUCUCUGACAGAAGUGAGGGCGUUGCUACGGAAACAUGAGGCUUUUGAGAGCGACCUGGCCGCACAUCAGGACAGAGUGGAACAAAUUGCAGCCAUCGCACAGGAACUCAAUGAGCUGGAUUAUCAUGCUGCAGGUCUGAUAAAUGAUCGCUGUCAGUCGAUCUGUGAUCAAUGGGAUCAGCUGGGGACUUUAACACAGAAGCGCAGAGAAGCUCUUGAGAGGACAGAGAAACUUCUGGAAACCAUUGAUCAACUCUUUCUGGAGUUCUCCAAGAGAUCUUCUCCAUUCAUUAACUGGAUGGAAGGAGCCAUGGAGGACCUGCAGGACAUCUUCAUGGUUCACUCAGUGGAUGAGGUUCAGAAUCUGAUCUCAGCUCAUGAUCAGUUUAAAAGCACACUACAUGAGGCUGACAGUGAACGUCAGGCCAUUCUGAGCAUUUUUAAUGAGGUACAGAAGAUCGCUCAGAGCUAUGGGAUCUCCAGCAACCUUACGAACAUCUACUGCACCAUCACACCUACACACAUCAACCAGAUGUGGGAGAAGGUGAAGCAGCUGGUUCCUCAGAGAGACAGCGGUCUACAGGAGGAAUUGUCCAGACAGCACAUGAAUGAAAGACUCAGACGUCAGUUUGCAGCGCAGGCCAACAUCAUUGGACCCUGGAUUCAGACACGCAUGGAGGAAAUCGCUCACAGUACAGUGGAUCUGGGCGGAGCGCUGGAAGAUCACAUGACUCAACUUAAACAAUACGAGCACGUCAUCAUUAACUAUAAACCAAACAUCGACAAACUGGAGGGAGAUCACCAGCUCAUCCAAGAGUCACUUAUAUUCGACAACAAACACACCAACUACACUAUGGAGCACAUCCGUGUGGGGUGGGAGUUACUGCUGACCACGGUCGCUCGUACCAUCAAUGAGAUCGAGACUCAGAUUCUGACACGGGACGCUAAAGGCAUCAGUCAACAACAGCUCAACGACUUCAGAUCUUCCUUCACACACUUUGAUCGAAAGAAGAAGGGAGGAAUGGAGACUGAUGACUUCAGGGCCUGUUUGAUCUCCAUGGGCUAUGACCUGGGGGAAGCAGAGUUUAUACGGAUCAUGUCAUUGGUCGAUCCAAACGGUUCUGGUGUGGUGAACUUUCAGUCCUUUGUGGACUUCAUGACCCGUGAGACCGGAGACACUGACACCGCUGAACAGGUCAUCGCCUCAUUCAGGAUACUGGCUGCAGAUAAGCCGUACAUUCUGGUGGAUGAACUCCGUCGGGAAUUACCCCCGGAGCAAGCGGAAUACUGCAUCUCCAGGAUGCCACCCUACGCAGGACCGGAUGGAGUUCCAGGAGCUUUGGACUACACGGGUUUCUCUACUGCCCUCUAUGGAGAGAGUGACCUCUAGCUGUCUGGAGCAGCACUACACCAAAAAAAACAAAACACCAAAUGACUGGAACACACUUUUAGUGCUGGUUUGCCUUGAUAUUGGUAUUUCUUACCCCCAUCAGAUAAAAUUGUGCCAGUAAAAAUGGCCAUUUUAUCCCUAGAGUAUUUACUGAAAAACUACAUCAUUUUAAAAAGUAUAUUCAUUUGAUCUGUCAAGCCAGAUAAUUCAAUUAUAUUUGCAUCAUUCUCACAAAACAUAUUCCACCCUAAAAUCAACAUGAAAAUAAAAAAAAUCUUAUUUAGAUACUAAUUGAUGAUUAUUAUUAUUAUAUUUACAUAUUAUUAUAUAGUAAUAAGAACUGGGAGAAUGAAAACUAAAAAUGUGCAUAAAGAUAAUGCAUUAUCAAUGAAUAGGAUGUUAUCUCCAUUGACUUAUUAAUGGGAUGCUAAUAAUAGGAAAUAAUUCAAUAAUAAUUUCACUUAUUUCUUUCAUUUGAUUUUGUGGUGAAAUAAGUUUAAUCAGAUUCACUUAUACACACUUUAUAUGUUCUUACAGAUGAUUAUCUUCAGCCUGAUGAUUCUUUCAGCUUUAGGCAUUUAAAGUUUCAUGUGUACAAGUGUUGUGUAAUAUUUAUGGCCCCGAUGCCCUUUCAAAAGUUUUCCAGGACUGAAUAAUUUAAAAUACAGAUUUAUAUUCUCAUCAGGUGUCCUUGUCUUAUUUUUUUUUUAAUAAAAUGAUCUACACAUACAUAAAACAAGGUCAGUUUAUAUGAGAAGAUCAACUGUAUAAGAAUAUUAAUAUUUUGAAAAAUCUGAUGCAAAGUAAACUUACAUUCAAGAUACACAGUGAAAAGAAAUGAUGAAUUAUAAUUUUAUAUGUGGCUUCUCAUUUAAAUGUAUCCUGUUUAUGGAUGUUGUUUACUGAACAAGACAGAAAGAUUCAAUAUAAAUAUGAUUUUUUUUAAAGUUGUAUCAGAUGAAAUGUAAGCCACGUGACAAAUAAACCCCACUUAACAGCA